AUGGUCAUGGCCUCGGCUAUUGCUGCUGCUACAUUUGUGUGUUCACCAGCAUCAGCUCCCAGAGGCACAAAAUCAGCCAUAUACAACCCGUCUUCUUCGCUGAUAUCACGCCCCCAAAACCCAAAAUUUCAACCUUGUUCUGUGUUUCCUCCACUGGGUCUCAGUCCUUUCUCACCAUGGAGCGGCUUGAAGCAUCUGGGUAUCUCAUUCACGCCGAAAUCUUUAAAAUUAGAGAGGAAGGGAAGGCAUAAGGGUAUGGUGGUUUAUGCAUCUCUCUUUGGGGUUGGAGCUCCUGAGGCUCUGGUUAUUGGGGUAGUGGCUUUGUUGGUUUUUGGUCCCAAAGGUCUUGCUGAGGUUGCUCGGAAUUUAGGAAAGACUUUGCGUGCUUUUCAACCCACCAUUAGAGAACUUCAGGACGUUUCUAGGGAAUUCAAGAGCACCCUUGAAAAGGAGAUUGGUCUCGAUGACAUUUCACCUUCAGCAAUAGACACAUACAAUGCCAACAAAAUGGCCACUACUUCAACCCCUUCAUCAGCUGCCACGGCUGCAACCCCUUCAUCAGAUGCCACUACUUCAACCCCUUCAUCAGAUGCCACUACUCCAACCCCUUCAUCAGCUGCCACGGCUGCAACCCCUUCAUCGGAUGCCACUACUUCAACCCCUUCAUCAGAUGCCACUACUUCAACCCCUUCAUCAGCUGCCACGACUGGAGAUGCAGAAACCACGGCUGAACCAAAUGGGGCUCCGUCACCAAGCAGAGCAUACACCAGCGAAGAGUACCUAAAAAUCACAGAGGAGCAGCUAAAAGCAGCUGCUGCCCAAAAUCAGUGUCCGACAUCUACUCCAGUGGAAAGUCAACUUGAACCUCAAACUCCAUCUCAAGCUACCGUUGAAGAAACUGCUGCUAGAACUCCUCCGACUCAACAACCUCAAAGUGAGGCAUAA